GCAUGUAUUUACUGAUGCUCUUUCCGGGGAAAGCUAUGUGAGUGUUUCAUAUGUGAAACCAGUCCUUCAUCUCUUGAAUACAUCAGUUCUUGCAGAAAAGGAAGAUGACACCAAUUUAACCAAGACCAUUAAAGUGAAAAUCCUGGAUUACAUGAAUACAAAGUAUGAUGACCCAGCAACACAAGAACUUCUGGACACUGCAUCCUUCAUGGACCCCAGGUUCAAGGUCAGCUACAUCAGCAGCGAAAGAGUCCAAGACAUCAAGACCAGGGUGAUGUCAGAAAUGAAAGAAACAGCACGGAAGGAGGGAACACCUUCUGACAACACUGAGGCCCAAAGCAUGGAUCCACCCAGCAACAAGAAGGCAAAGCGAUCAUUGGGCAGUUUGCUCAAAACAAGUCCAGGCCCCACCACUCCCACCGCAUCUUCCAUGCAGCUGGAGCAAGCUCUUGAAGCUGAACUUAACAGCUACUUGCUGUCCCCCACCAUUGACAGUGAGGCAGACCCUUUGGCUUGGUGGAAACUCCACCAGGUCACCUACUCAAGGCUGAGCAAACUAGCUCGGAGGUAUCUUUGUAUAGCUGCCACUAGUUCACCCUCUGAGAGGCUAUUCAGCACAUCAGGGAAUGUGGUAACAUGUCAACGUGCAUGUUUGAAACCCAGCAAAGUCAACAUGCUGGUUUUCUUGGCCAAGAACUUGCCCUAAAGAAUAACUUGCCAUAAGGGUAGAUUUUUUUUUUCCUGAUUGUAUCUUGAUUUAGUUAUUUCAAUUUUCCCCCGCAUACUAUAGAUCUCUGCACCUUGUUAGGCGGAGUCGAGGGCCUUGAUGAUUGUAAUGGGAGACAUUAGUUAUUUUAAAUUGCCAUGCCCAUGUUUAAUUUAUAUUUAUUUAAUUAUUUAAGUUGUUUUCCCCCAGAUAUUUUUUUAUUUCAAGAGUUCAAUGGUUUUGUUCAGUUUAGAAGAAAAUAUUUUAAAUAGAGCAGGGGAAAUUAAACUUCGUUGGGUGUUCAUGUUGUGCACUUUGUUCAAUAAAAGUUAAAUAAAAUAAUUUAUUUCAUUUCUUUAUUCAGUGGGCAUAGGCUAUUCAAUGUUUGGGGUCUAUGUUAGCAGUGUACCUAUUAUAGCAGAAAGACAGGAACUGUAUAGCUAAUAUGCACACUUCAAUAUUUGUUUAUUUAUCGCAAGUCAUAUCUCAUCGCAAUAUUGAACAAUGGUAUCGCACAUCGCAGAUUUUCCUCAUAUCGUGCAGGCCUAGUGGACAGUGAAAAAUACAAAAGAAAUACUAUUGUGCAACAUGCUUUUGAAACCUGCCAUGUUUGUUCAAAAUGAAACACCACACUCCCUCUCACAACGUGAGCAUUUAAUACCUCACUACAAAUAAACACCUAACUAAUUCCAAAUACCUCAACCUCUUUUACUCUUUUUGUGUAAUAAUUCAGAACUGCGUAGGCUAGUCUACAUUUUAUGUAUUUAUUUAAAAUUUUAUUUAGACUUUUUAUAAUUUGUGUAUUUGUUAAUAGUUCUGACUGUGUGGCACGGACAAGAAUUCAAAUUAACCCGUACCGUCUUGUACCCUUACAAAUGGCAAUAAACAUCUAUCCAUCUAUUUGCUUUACAAAGGAAACAUCUUGCAGAGGUGCUGCGAUGGAUUUUAUUUGCUUGUUCUGGUUAAUUUUGACUAAUGUGAAAGUGUUAGGGUGGCACAGUAAUGCAGCUGUUAGCCCUUUUGCCUCACAGGAAGACAAUUUGAAUCCUGGUUUGGCCAGGGUCUUUCUGUGUGGAGUUCACAUUUUGUCCCUGUGUCUGUGUGGGGUUUCUCUAGCUUCAUCCUACGAUCCCAAAAAACCCUGCAGGUUGAAUCAUUAUGUUAGACCCUAAAUUUGACUGUAGGUGUGAAUGUGAGUAUGAAAGGUUGUUUGUCUCUGUUAGGUGUCCCCUGUAAUGGGAUUGGCUCCAGCUCCCCCCAUGACCUAACAAUAUAAAUUGUAAUCUCAAACAUGACAGGGAAAAGCCCGAAAUUUGCAAAUGCGAUGCUACCGAGUGUUUUGGGCAUUUUAUCUUGACAUCAUCAAAGUAGCUGCAUCAUUUUGACUAAUGAUUUGAAAGGAUAACAAAGGAAGGAAAGGAAACACUAAUCCUAAUUGGUUUUUCCCACAACAAAAUUAAAAUUUUAGUGAGUUGAGUUUAAUUCAGCAUGUGUUAUUCUGUGAUGAGCAGCUGCAGGAUGAAGAGAAAACCUACCGUCAUGUUCAUCAGGACCUUCUUAUUGGUGUGGUCGAAUUGAACUGUCACUGAGCGUAUCCCAUCAUCCACCACGACCACCAAGCGAGGGAAGAGGAAGAAGGCGACCAGCGAAGAUGCCAGGAGACAGAGCACGACUGACAAGACCACGUACAGCUUCCUACAACAAAGGAAAUAUAGUGAGAGAUUUAUCACCAGGAAAGAGAUAUACGUACUAUGUAAAGAAAAUGUGAAUAAAUCUGUGAAAUGUCAGGGUUUUCUGAAUUAACUGGACAUAGCAUGUGAUCUGAUCUUCAUCCAAGUCAAAAGCGAAGACAAUGCAUCUACAGUCCUUAAGAGCAGCAUCAUCCACGACAGAUUCUGACGAAUUCUGGACAUUUUCCGGACUUGGCCUUUCACAUAUCGGGAACACAGCAAGAGACUGUCCGAGUCAGAUGGGUUCACAACAACAAGAACAUUUCCUCAGACUUCAGGUGAGGGGGUGGCACCUGAGUGUAACAUGUAGGAUGGAGGACAUAAUGUGGGAAUUCUGCUGCGGAAAUCACAUGUUCUUGUUGACAGCAAAUCGACACCAGUGCCAGUCCUACUCGCCGAAAGCUCUUGAAUCUCAGUGUCAUCUUCAUCUCGUUGUGUCUUCUAGUUGUGUGUCACCUCUAUUUCAUUCAGAGAUAUUGGUAUUCCAUCAGUUUUUUUCAAUUCUUCAGUCGUGUGUUCAUUCAGGAGAAUAUCCAGGGCCUGUCUGAAAGCAGCAUAUGAUACUUGAAAAGACUUGGGAAUUAAUUGUCCCCUUGAUGAUGUUGAGCUGCAAAGACCCAAGGGAGAAGGAGACCCAGCCAAUACUGAUGCUCCCUUCAACCAACUUGACCGUUGGGAUGAUGUUUUCAUGUUGACAUGCCGCUUCCUCUUUAUAUCACACAGUACAUAUCGCUGCCUGUUCUACCCAAACAAUUCAGACUUAGUUUCAUGAGUCCAGAUAAUAUCCUGAUGAUGUUGUUGAGUGGCACAAUGCAAACUUUGGCAAACUUAGGGCAGCAGUUUCCUCUGUGGUGUUACGUCAUAGAUACCGUGCUCCCUGACAUGAUAAACAAAUUCCUUUAAGCCUUAAACUCGUACUCUUCUUUUUCACCUCAUAGUCUUAGCUAGCUGGGCUAUUCUUUCCUUUAUUAGCUCAUCCAAGGAGGUUAUGUUUUCAUGUGCGGCAGAAUCAUGCAAAAUGACUCACUACCUGACUGACAGACUGAUGACUAAACUCUUUGUGUCUCGAUUGGGUCUUCUGAGAUCUCUCUUUUAUGAGGUCCUGUUCACAUCAGCAGAUGACUCUAGAUAAGUUAACUACUGACCACAGUUAGUUAUUAGCUCAGGGGUUUACAUAUUGACCUCAACUCUUUGAAUGAUCAUGAAGCAGAUGCAUUAAAUGCUGAAAACAACAAUACAAUGCGUGUUGUUACUUUGAUUCGAUUAGAGAUUGUGUUAGUAACUCAGAUGAAGAUAUGACCACUUUUU